CCCCGAUUCAACCCCCUUCCUCUCGGACCCGGAAUCAAAAGUAGCCGUUGCCCGCUCCCCCCGCGCCGUGCACCUCGCGUCCCAUGGACUCCGCCACCGUGGCUCUCGCCAGCCCCGCCUCCGACGACCGGCGGUUCUGGGACCGCCUCCGCAACCGCGUCGACACCAUCCUCGAGGACCGCGGCGUGCUCCCACAACCCGCCGCUGCCGCCACUACGCGCGGGGUGGAAUCCGAGCGGGGGAAGCGCCUCCGGGAGGACUCGCUGAUGCUCGUCCGUGGUCUGGACUCCGUCGCCGCGUCGCUGGCGCAGCUCUCCGACACCCUCACCGCCGCGCAGAAGGGAGUGAGUGCUCUGGCCACGUGCUCUUCUCAGGCGAGGGAAUGCGAGCGCCGCGCCGAAUUAGAUGAGGAAGAAGAGGAGCCAAAGGCAAAGCGGCUGUGUGGCGACUCGUUGGAGGCCGCGGGCCUGGAUGGCGAUUCUCCAGUCGCCGGAAAGGAAGCGUCUGCGGCUGCGGCUGCUGGUUCUGAUGUAGAGGAAACCGCGGGCGUCAAACUGCGGCAGGGGACGGGGGGUGGGCAGGCCUCCGCGGAGGUCGCGCAGAGCACUAACCUGAAGCGGGCCAGAAAUCUGGCGGUUUCAAUGGCAAGCAGAGCAGCUGCGCUCGCAAGGGAGCUCAAGAACAUCAAGUCGGAGUUGCACUUCAUGCAGGAGAGGUGUGGUUUGCUUGAGGAGGAGAAUAAGAGACUCAGAGAGGGAAAUGACAGCGGAGUCAGCCCUGAAGAAGAUGACCUGGUGAGACUACAAUUGGAGGCUCUACUGGCAGAGAAGUCGCGGCUGGCGCAGGAGAACGCCAACCUGACGAGGGAGAACCAGAGCCUGAUGCAGCUGGUGGAGUAUCACCAGUUGACCUCCCAGGAUCUGGAGGAGUCCUACGAGGAUGUUAUGCAGGGGAUGCGGCUUGACUUCUCGUCGCCGUUGGGGAAGAUUAGUGAUGACGAAAAAGGCGAGUACGAUGAUGGAGUUCCGGUCACCCCGGCUGAGGUGUCGAGCUCCCCUGAUGAGUAGAUGGAUGGAUGGCAGAAUAAGAUGGGUUUUCCAAUGGUGGAAUUUUCCUGUGUACCAGGUGCCACAGCAGUAUUCCAUUAUUACUGCUUUUGUAUGUGCUCCUAACUGACCACUCUUGGUGGUGGUUUUGAUUUUUUUUACUGGCAAUAAUACUUUAUUUAUUCCAUCCAGUUUACA